GUCACGUUACAUUUUAUGCCGCAAAACCUCAAAUUGCAAGUGCUAAACCAUUUCUUAUUAUUACAUUUGAUUCCGAGAAGAAUAAUGUAUUCAAUGAAUUACUGACAGAAACCGUGCUUUUAAUUAAUAGACUAAUUGAUUAAUAAUUUGAACUCGGUUUUCUAAUUACAUGAAAAAGGUUAUUUCAGUGUAUUGGUAAAAUGACCGCACCGGAGUUUAAUGAUUGUUCAAACUAUGGAUCGGUUCGGAACCAUCCAGGCCACGAGUACACGGUGCGACAGGCUUAUGAAGACGGUGGUAUAAAAGCAGGUGCAGUCCGUGCAGCACGUCUUGCGUACGGCAUCCUAUCACGACGUAAGGCAGCGGAGGAGGGAGUAGCGAGGCUCGCUAGAGUUCUGUCAGCGUUAGACUUGACAGCUUUAGGAGUGGGCAGCACAUUGGGUGUUGGAGUGUACGUGUUAGCGGGCGAUGUGGCUAAGAAUUACGCUGGACCAGCUGUGAUACUGUCGUUUCUUUUGGCUGCAGUUGCUAGUGUAUUUGCUGGUCUUUGCUAUGCAGAGUUCGGUGCUCGCGUGCCUAAAGCUGGCUCUGCCUACGUUUACAGUUAUGUAUGCGUUGGAGAGUUCAUGGCUUUUAUUAUCGGAUGGAAUCUCAUACUGGAGUAUAUAAUAGGUGCAGCGUCUGUGGUGAAAGCUUUAAGUGAAUAUUUAGAUUCACUUCUAAACAAAGCGAUGUCCACACAUCUGGAAGCAGUACUGCCGUUAAACACGCCACAUUUAGCUAAAUAUCCGGAUUUCUUUGCGUUUGCUGUCAUUAUGGCGUUUUCGAUUGCGUUAGCAUUUGGUGUAAAAGAGUCGACAAAGUUCAACAACUUUUGUACGGGUGUUAAUUUGUGUGUUGUCCUGUUCGUUAUUAUAUCCGGCUCUUUCAAAGCGGACACGAAGAACUGGCGUAUCCCUGCGUCUGAAGUACCAAAGACUGAGACCAAAGACUUCGGCAGUGGGGGCUUCGCCCCAUAUGGCCUGGCGGGAAUUAUAAAGGGGGCUGCGGUCUGCUUCUAUGGAUUUAUUGGUUUUGAUUGUGUAGCGACUGCGGGUGAGGAAGCUCGUCGUCCUCAGAAGACCAUUCCCUUUGCAGUAGUCGCGUCUCUGCUGAUCGUGUUCCUCGCAUACUGCGGCGUCUCCUCCGUGCUCACACUCAUGAUGCCUUAUUACAUGCAGGAUGAGAAAGCGCCUUUUCCGUUUGUGUAUGACCAACUGGGAUGGCCGUGGGCGAAGUACGCUGUCAGUGUUGGUGCAAUUUGUGCUUUAUGUUCUAGUUUACUAGGCGCGGUGUUUCCACUACCUCGUAUUAUAUACGCGAUGGCUUCAGACGGUCUGCUGUUCAAGUUCAUGGGUGUUGUCAGCGAACGCUUCCAAACACCUCUUGUUGGCACCAUCAUUGCUGGACUGUUCACUGGUACUCUAGCGAUGAUAUUUGAGCUGGAGCAGCUCAUCCACAUGAUGUCAAUAGGAACUCUACUCGCCUACUCUAUGGUCGCCUCCUGCGUCUUGUUACUCAGAUACGAGAGGAGUCAAUCAGCUCAUAGGACAGUGGAACCUUUGAACCUGAGCUUGAGGAAUGUUUUACGCCAGUUGGUGAAUGCAGACCAACACGCGGUACCAACAAGACUCAGUAGUGCUAUUGUUUCUACUCUGGUUGCUUUGUAUGGUGUGUGGUGCGUGGUGACAAUGGUGGUGAUAAACCGGUAUGGGAUGGGCGUGUUGUCGGGGGAGGCGUGGCCGGUGGGCGUGGUGUCGUGCGGCGCCGCCCUCGUGCUGGCCACACUCUACUUCCUCUCGCGACAGCCCGUCUCAGAGAAGAAGCUGGCUUUCUCUGUGCCGUUGGUGCCGUGGCUGCCAGGCAUCAGCAUCCUCAUCAACGUUUAUCUCAUGCUGAACCUGGACUAUGCCACUUGGCUCCGCUUCGCCGUCUGGAUUGUAGCUGGUUUGAUUAUCUACGUAACUUACGGAGCGUGGCACAGUACUGAACGUCGUAAGACAUUGGAUUCAGUGCAACUUGCUGACCUGCACAACGACAGCAGGACUGAGCUGCUGCAGAGAGGCGGUCUGCACGCGCUCGGCUGACACACGCUCAGAGACAGCGAGUGCGUACAAGAUGGCGACUGUCGUAGUGCGUGCGAUGACGUCAUCAGUCCUAGCGGGACAGUCGUCUCCUUCGUAUCAAGUAUUUGAAGUACGUUUCUAAUUUCAAAUUCAGCUCUGUAAAAUCGAAUUCU